AUGGCUUUGAAAAUAAAGAAGGUAGUGGAUAACAAACCGGAUGAGACCCGAAAGCCCGUAAAACUCAUUCUUCUUGGCGACAGUGCGGUGGGGAAAUCGAAGCUGGUGGAGCGCUUCUUGAUGCAGCGUUAUAUUCCAGUUCAAAUGUCAACAUACGCCCUGACACUCUACCGCUACGACUUCAUCAGCGGGGAUGAUGAGGCGAUAGAUGUUGAUAUUUGGGAUACAGCAGGGCAGGAGCGCUUUUCAACGAUGCAUCCCGCGUACUAUCAUGAGGCCCAUGCAUGCAUUUUGGUAUUUGACGUGACACGGAAGGCAACUUAUAAAAAUCUGGAGAAGUGGCUUAGUGAGCUGCGCAAUUACCGGGAGCAUAUUCCCUGCAUUGUGGCAUGUAAUAAGAUAGACACCGACCCGUCUGUGAUGUCCAAGGCAUUCGCGUUUGUAGAGAAGCACAACCUGACGUUACACUACGUCUCCGCUGCGGACGGCACCAAUGUCGUGCAGCUCUUUGAGGCGGCGAUUACAGAGGCGGUGAGGUACAAGAAGAGUCCGAAGAGCGAGGAUUUCAUGACGCAGGUGCUCGGAUUUAUAAAGGAAGGAGAACGCAAGGAAGAGGCGGCAACGGCGGUCCCCCCAGGCACCACUGCUGAUUAA